GAAAUGCACCAACAACGACAGAAAAUUGUAUUUUAACAACUGCGCCUUCUACCCAACGACUGACCCCGUGCGGCAUAUAUAAACGAGAUUCGAAGCCCAAGGUCCUGUAGGAACACUGUAGCUUCAAGUAAGGAGUCACUUGCCGAAGAACGAAAGCCAAGAUGAAGACCUUGAUCGUAGCUGCCGUCUGCGUUGCCGUAGCCCUGGGCCAAUCAAGAAUCCAGUCGAAACUGAGUACUCGUAAUGUGCCCGCAAAUGUUGGGAAAGAUAACCCAAAUGCCUGCUUGUCGGUCACUGAAGGGAAAGCCUUCCAGGUGGGCCAGACUUGGGCCCUUCCCAUCUGUGGUAAAUCCACGUGCUUCAAAGACGGCGAUAAGCUAUCCGAAAAAGUGGAAGACUGUGGCCCUCUGCCAAAACAAUCUCCCGGCUGCAAAAUCGUGAACGAAGCUGACAAAAACAAGCCAUACCCUACCUGCUGCCCCGUGUACGAGUGCCAGCCAGGUUCCGCCCUUCAGUACCCAACCGAGGCUGAAAUCAAAGCUGCUGCAGAUCGCGCUGCACAAGCUGCACCACCACCAACUACACAAGGUGCACCGGGUGCCCAAAGUACCCCAGCUGCACCAGGUGGACAAGCUCCCCCAGUUACUCAAGCUGCACCAUCUCCUCACUCUGCCCCAGGUGCACACGCUUCCCAGGCUGCUCAAACUCCACAACCCACAACCUCUGGACCAGGUACAUCAACUACACCAGGAGGAAGGUCAUAAAAGCCACAGAAUGGCUUCGGAGGAGGAGCUAAAAUAUGACUCGUUUUGAAGUUGUUGUUAUAUUUUUGUAUCUAUGUUUUCUCGGCACUCAUCAAAGAAGAGAUCGUUCUUUUGACUCCCUCUAUUAAGAGUUUAAGAAACUGAAGUGCGUUGAAAUAUCAAUCAAACUAUUAGGAAAUUUCAUUAUCUGCUGAGAAUUCAUUAUCAUCUUUGUUAAAAUGAGAAUACCUAUUCUAUGAAUGGCCACAAUGCAUUCUGAUGGGUAUUUGAUAGGGGAAUUUUAAAUCAUUGUUAUGAAUGAGUUAGUCUUGUGUUAAGAAGAUGUAAAAAUAAAUUUUCUUAUGUA